AUGCUCAUCCGCAGUCGAGGUCUCGUUUUAGUUUGCGGCCUGUUGACAGUGUUCCUCUUCUGCUAUUGGGCUGGUAGGACCCCUGAAUACGUUGGACCCCGAUAUGGACACGGCCCUUACAACCACAACCAGAAGCACGGCUGGCCCGUAAAGACUUCGCUGUGGAGGCAGGACCAGGAUGACAACUAUUACUGGAACACUGUCAAAGUCAAUUAUCCUCACUCCGCCUUCCAGCCGCUGCCCACUUCUCCUCCUGUCACCUAUCCCAAGGUCCAAGCCACGUUCCCUGAAUUCUCCAUUAGUACUGCUGAACUGCGACGCGAGCGUCAACAAGCUGUCAAGGCGACCUUCACAAGAUGUUGGAAUUCUUACAGAAAACAUGCCUGGAUGGCAGACGAGCUCAGUCCCGUCUCGGCUGGCCAGGCAAAUCCAUUCGGCGGCUGGGCUGCUACCCUUGUUGACUCCCUCGAUACCCUUUGGAUCAUGGAUAUGCACCAAGAGUUCUACGAAGCCGUGGAUGUAGUCGACCAGAUUGACUUCACAGCCACAGACCUCAAAGAAGUCAAUAUAUUCGAGACUACUAUCCGUUAUCUCGGUGGCUUUCUCGCUGCCUUUGAGCUUAGCGAGGAUAUGCGUUUGCUUCGUAAGGCAGCCCAGGUUGGUGAAAUGAUUUACAAAGCUUUCGACACACCCAACCACAUGCCUGUCUUGCGUUGGAAUUUUCACGCUGCCGGGGAGGGCAAGAAUCAGAUUGCCGGCGCCGGUGUCCUUGUUGCAGAGAUUGGAAGCUUGUGUAUGGAGCUUACACGCCUCUCGCAACUCACGGGAGAUCCUAAGUGGUUUGACGCCUCGCAAACUAUCAUGGAUCUCCUGGCAGCACAGCAAGAUUCGACUAUGCUCCCUGGACAGUGGCCUCUCAUUGUGGAUGCAAAGAGCCAGAUCUUUAACCAAGGAUCCGUUUUCACCCUUGGUGCAAUGGCUGACAGCGUGUACGAAUACUUGCCCAAGAUGGCUGCACUAACAGGUGGGCAACUGCCUGUUUAUCAGACCAUGUAUGAAAAGGCCGUGGAUGCAGCAUUGGAACACAAUUUGUUUCGACCGAUGACGCCCGAGAACAAGGAUAUUCUCAUAUCGGGACAAAUUCAUGCCAAAGACAAAGGUGGAAAGACACAGUUGGAACUUGAGAGCCAGGGACAGCAUCUAGUCUGUUUCCUCGGAGGCAUGCUGGCAUUAGGUGGGCGACUCUUCAACCGCCAGCAGGACGUCGAAGCUGCAGCCAAGCUUACCAAUGGCUGCAUCUACACCUAUGAAGCAUUUCCUCAUGGCAUCAUGCCUGAGACCUUCUACAUGGUUCCCUGUGACUCCAAGGAGCAUUGCCCAUGGGACGAAAAGCUGUGGAAAGAAGGUGUCCUAAAGCAGGCAAAGAUCAAAGAGGGCGAGACAGCACAGGCGGAUGCCAUUAUCAAAGACGAGCAUCUUCCCGGUGGGUUUACUCAUAUUCCUGAUCGCCGAUAUAUCCUGCGGCCAGAGGCCAUUGAGAGUGUUUUCAUGAUGUACCGUGUCACCGGCGAGAACGAGUAUACCGAGCACGCCUGGACCAUGUUCAAAUCGAUUGAAGAAGUGACCAAGACAGAGCUGGCCAAUACAGCUGUAUGGGAUGUUACCGUCACAGAGGAGAAACCCCGCGCCGUGGACUCAAUGGAGUCCUUCUGGAUGGGUGAAACUCUCAAGUACUUCUAUCUCAUUUUUAGUGACCCGGAGCUGAUCAGCCUGGAUGAAUAUGUAUUUAAUACUGAGGCGCACCCCCUGAGACGGCUGGUGGCAUGA